UCGAGAAUCAACACGACCUUUUCCUUCUCUCUCUAGUCUCCCCAUCCGCAACUAACGGCAUGUCACUUUUUCAUUACCCUCCCUCGUUUCCCUUCACCGCGCUUCCGCACACCGACCACAGUCUCGCCGUGAAGUACGAGAUAUCCGAGGAAGACAAGCCAUCAAACCCAACAAGUGGUGACUGUUUGGAGGCCAUAGUCGAGCUUCGCAUACGCCAAAAAUACACCCUGUUGUUGGAGCCCAUCAAAGGCCAGAGAGUCAGCCUGGAAGACGACUAUGUCGUUUCGCCAGAGCUCACUUUAGGGUUCAAGAUUCCUCUGUGGCUUAUCGCAAGCGGCCCUGAAGUCUUACGCACGUUUGAUUGUUUCGUUUCGACGCAGCUAGCGUCGUUGCCCAUUCUGGCUGGUUUGGGCGUGUUUCUGAAACCCUACAUCAUACACCAUACCCUUUCUCUGGCCAGAAAGACUAAACAUAGGAGAGAGUUUAAGACGAUUUUCUUUGUCAUGGUUUCCAAGAUUGACGUGGCCGACGCGGAGGAGUGCGACUUGAUUCGGAGACGUUGGUCGAGUUAGAGAGCUCAGCUAAAAGCUUAAUAGAUAUUUCGGUUCUAGACUUUUAGAAUUAUCUCUCUCGCUGUAGGCUUUAUACUUUGAUUUGAUUUAAUGAAGUAGUUUAUCUGUACAUUUUCUGCUUUGAGUAGGGUAAUGAAACUACGUGUGGAAAACCGUGGUCAAUAAAAACAUUUCGUGGCUUUGAUGGAUUCAAUGAACAUAUGUAUUGCUCGUACUUACCGAGAAGGUGUUCGAUGUGCUGUUCAACUUGCUAAAAUCUCCCACGGGGCUUUGAUGUUCAUGUCA